GACAGCCAGUCCGCCAUGCUCACCCUGCUGCACCACUGUGGACGCAACUUGCUGACAUUCAGCACGAUCCAGGCAGUGAAUAAAAGUUAUUACAGUUCACAGAUGGCUAAACGCGUGGCUGUGGUGCUGGCGGGAUGUGGAGUUUAUGACGGCACUGAGAUCCAUGAGGCCUCCGCUGUCCUGGUUCACCUCAGCAGAGGAGGUGCAAGUGUAAACAUGUUUGCCCCCAACAUUGACCAGAUGCAUGUAGUGGAUCACCUGAAAGGUUCACCAUCUGAGGGGGAGAAGAGAAACGUGCUGGUGGAGAGCGCCAGGCUGGCCCGUGGAAACAUCCAGGACCUGUCUAAACUCAACAUCACAGAACAUGACGCUAUCAUCAUCCCAGGUGGUUUCGGGGCAGCGAAGAACCUGUGUACGUGGGCAGUGCAGGGGAAGGACUGCUCUGUUAACGCUGAGGUCCAAGCUGUGCUGAAGGCGUUCCAUGGUGCAAGCAAACCCAUCGGCCUCUGCUGCAUCUCACCUGUGCUGGCCGCCAAGGUGUUUCCAGGGUGUGAGGUCACCGUCGGCAUUGAGAAGGAUGACAAGUACCCGAACACUACUGACACCGCAGCAGCCAUCACCCAGCUGGGGUGCAAGCACGUGAGUAAAAGUGUCAGCGAGAGCCUUGUGGACGGGAAGACCAAGCUGGUCACAACCAGUGCCUUCAUGUGCGAUGCACCGAUCCACGAGAUAUUCGAUGGAAUCGGUGCGAUGGUGAAAGACGUGCUGAAGCUUGCCUGAUUCUAUAAAUGAUGGUGGAAACAGAAAGCAAAAAAAAUGUUUUAGCUUCAUGGUAGAUCAAUGCUAAACCAAUAUGAAAGAGAUGAUCAGAAGCACUCCCAGUUAUAAAAUAUACAUAUUUUAAGUAGUCAUGUCAAACCACAUGAUUUUGCAGGUUUUUCUGUUAUUUGCAAUAAUUUCAGUUUAAAUCACUGUUAUGAGAUUAUAUUGUGAUGCAGUGUAUCAGUCUCAUCAUGUCAGUGUUGAUGUAAAUUUAGAAAAUGAACAAAUAUGGUAUUGUACAGAGUAACUGCAAUAAAAUAAGGAAAACGU